ACUAAGUUAAUUAGUCUGAAAAGUUUGAAAAUAAGCAAUUGUUCUCAAUUCAAAAAGAUUUUUAACUUGUCAGUAUUUCCUAGACUUGAAUGUUUAUCUAUUAUUGAAUGUUCAAAUCUAACCAUGUUUGAUUGUUCACCAUCUGGGUUAACUUAUUUAGAAAUAAGUGAUUGUUCUCAACUUAAUCAGAUUACUGGAUUUUUUAAGUUUCCUAAACUUACGAGUUUAUCUAUAAGAAAGUGCCCAAAAUUGACUAAGCUAGAUUGUUCAUCAACUAAGAGGUUAGCUGAGUUAGAAGUUAGUGAUCUUGGUGAGCUCAAUUGUUCGAAUACUAAAAUUGAGGAAUUAAGUCUUAAUCUUUGUCCGAAUAUCAAAAAACUCAUUUGUUUAAAUAAUAAAAAAUUAAAUAAAUUAGAUUUAAGUAACUGUUCCAACUUAGACUUUCUUGAUUGUACUGGCAGUAAAUUAACUAGUCUUGACCUAAGUUAUUGUCCCAAAUCUAUCGAGGUAGAAACUUCUGACCAAAAACAACACUUGAUUAUUACUCGAAAAAUUGAAAACUUCAGGAAUAUAUUAAUGGUUGGUCGCACUGGUGGUAGUAAAUCCACAUUGGUUAAUGUUCUAACUGACACUAGGAAUUUCAAGGAAAGCGCUUACACAGUUAGUCAAACUAAAAGUUUUAAUAAGAUUGAUUUUGAAUGGAAUGCGAAAAAUUUUCGCGUAGUUGAUACUAUUGCAGUUGGAGGUUCUAAA